AUGAUCGGACGGCGGGCGGUGGAGUUGGAGCUGGUGGCGGUUGGGCUGCUGCUUAUGGUUCAAUGUAGUGUGCAGCUGAGGAAGACUCACCCUAUGCAUGAGACUGUGGAUAGAGUGAAUGAGAAUGGCGGGCCUUAUAUUGGGAUUGUUAUGGCUUACCCAACUGAAGAAAUGGCCCUUCAAACCUCUGGUUUAUUUGUUUGCAACUCACAGAUCCCCUGGGUUGACUUGGCAGGCAGAAGAUUCAACAUUGGGAAGAUUAAGAAUGUAGAUGUGAUCUAUGUAAUGACUGGGGAACAAACGCUAAAUGCAGGUAUAACUGUGCAAAUUCUACUUGAUGUAUUUGAUAUUGAAGGGGUGGUUCAUUAUGGGACAGCUGGAAGCUCUAAUGAUUCAUUGUCUCUUGGUGAUGUUAGUGUAAUGAAAUAUGUUGCCUUCACCAGUUCUUGGAAAUGGAAGGAAUUUGAAUCGAAGAAAGGGAAAUUGCCAGAACUAAUAUUUGGAGCUUUCAAUUUUCCUGAAAGGGGAGAGAAUUUGUUGGCAAAGGUUGAGUAUACGCCAAGCCAGUUAUACUCCCCUGGUAAACCAAUGGAAGAGAUCUUUUGGCUUCAAGUAGAUUCAAAGUGGUUUAAUGUUUCUACACAGCUUCAGGAUUUAGAGUUACAACAAUGUAUAAAUGACACAUAUUGCCUACCGAACAGAGCAGAAAUUGUUUUUGGACUUCGGGGCUCCACCGCUGAUAUAUUCCUCGACAAUGCAGCAUAUAGAGAAUUUCUUUUCAAAGAGUUGAAUGUCUCAACUGUUGAUGAAGAGAGUGCUGCCAUUGUCAUGACAUGUCUGUCAAAUGGGGUGCCCUCUAUUGUGUUUCGUGGAGUUUCGGAUUUGGCAGGCGGGGGAGAAAAGCUGUUGUCAUCCAGCCUCAGUUCACUAGCUUCUGUCAAUGCUUUGAGUGUUGCAGUUGAGUUUAUUGCAUUAAUUGAUAAGGAAAAUACAGUUCAUGACCACCAAAAGCAGAACUAG